GCAACAGCAGCAGCCAAUCGUCGCUGUUGCAUCUACACCACCAGCACAGCCAUCAGCCACACAGCCAGACGACAACACCUCAGCAACAGCAGCAGCAGCAACGGCUCGGCAGCGGUCAGCAAUAUUCACAAGCGCAAGCGCUGCUCCAGCAUCAUGCACAUCAGCAGCAGCAGCAGCAACCGAGGCCACUCCCAACGGCACCCACGGUUACCGUCUGAUCACCACGGAUCACCGGAACCGGUCCGGGCCGGUUGCCUCCUUCGUAAACUUCCAUGCAGAUUCCCGAUGCGGCAGUGCGUCCAACCAGUAAGUAUGUAAGACUUCUCUCUAGCCUAAGACGCGUGUUGCACGUGAGCGUGCAACUUACAACACACACACUCACAAAAACGAAGCAGCGCGAACAUGAUACCGCGACGAUACCACACACAAGACAUCCAAGGCUGACUUAGUUUUAAACAAAGCGAACGAACGAAGCCGAGUUGGCAAACGGGCAACUGCAACUGCAUCGAAAGCUACCAGCCAGAUCGAACCGAGGUGUUUGCGACUGAUAACAAAUGUCGAAACGGCACGAAGAACCGAGAGCGCUACUCACUCGCUGUUGGAUCGUCUUCUGGUUUGGUUCCUCCUGCGAACGGGAUGCGUACAAAAAGAGGAUCUACACUGAACUGAAAGCGACACACACAUACACACACACGGUACAUCGCGCAUCGAUCACUUUAACAAUUGCCGUCCGUCGUCGUCACAUGCGUCGCAUGCGCGUUACCGGUGUCCCGUGUGGUUCUUUUGUGCACCCCGAGGAGUAGCCAAACCAUGGACACGAUCAACAGAGCGAGAGCGAGAGCGAGAGCGAUCGACAACCAGGCGCCUCCAUCGGUCUUCGGCGGUGCAGCCGGUGAGCCACACUGUUGGUCUCGAUCUCGUACAGCAAUCCGAAGCGCGCGCGAUACGUUCUUCAUCAAAAGUGUGUGCGCGUAUGCUGCGCUGCGAACGAAAGCUCUGUGGCAUCAUCAUCAUAAUCGAGCUGGCAAGCUAAUGAUAGCGCGGAAAAAGGGAGAAUAAGAAAAGGGAUAAGAUUAACCACUGCCAAUAAGAUUAAAAAAAAGCAAAAAAGAAACAAAAACUAACGCAAGCGUCCGCUCGUAAACGGGCGAAAAUACCAUUACCAAUAGCGAUGUCGACCGAUCGAUCGACCUAUCGGUUGUAAUAAGCGCGAGUGUGUGUGCCUGUGUCUGUGUGUGUGUCUGUGGGCGGACGCUGUGAGCUUGACAAAACAAACAAAUAAGAAAACAGCCACACGCGCAACACACUCACACACACACACCCACACACACACGCACAUGCGGGCGGUUCUCUUCGUGGUAGAUCAUUUAUCAGGUGAGGAUGAGUGAAAUUUAUUAACAAGCUAAUAGCAUUCGCACACAUUAAGCGAAUGCACAUACAUACGUUGCGGUUGCUGAUGGGGCAUGGUAGUGCAGAAAGAAGCAUACAAAAUGGCGGAGGAACUGAUUUGUGAAGAACAAGAUGAGAAAUGGUUUACGAUCAAGGAGAUGAAGCAUGAUUGAAGAAGCUAAGGACGAAGGGAAAGGUAAAAACGAAGGCAGGCAGACAGGCUGGCUGGCUGGUAGGCAUGCGUGCAGGCAAUGGGCGCGGGAUGCGAACUCUAAGCUAAACAAAACCGUCUAGACCCGUAAGUCAUAAUCGUAAAUUCUACUUCCUUAAAUCACGUAAAACACAUGAAAACCACAAAAAUGCAAAUUCUGUCUAUGUGUAGUUGAGCGAGAGUAUGAAGAGGAUGUAGAAGGGAGAAUCAAACACACAAUACAAAUGAAGCGAGAGCGAAAGCGGGAAAUGGGCAAAGAAGACGACUCAUCUCGCCGCGGUUAAUUGUAAAUCGAUAAGGGAUAAGAGAAAAGGAGACACAAAACAAAAAAACAAAAGAAAACAAAAAACAAAGGGAAGAGUGAAACAUAAAUCACACACACACACAGCCAGACAACUAGACAAACAGCGAACGAAGCGGGAAGACAUCUAAAAGCCGCACACAAAACAGCGAAAAGCAGAGCACCUAUUAACGCAACCUAAACACGAGUAGUACUAAAACCCUGUACUAAAACACUCUACUAAACAAAAGCAGAGACCACCCCGUUAAUCAUCCGCUUUUUUAGGACGGUACCGGUUCUGGUGCACGCAUUCGUGGCCACACCACCACUGUCCGUGGCCACUGAUGAUUCUGCAAGGAUAUCGGUAUUUCAAACUAUCGGCAUCCUCCUUUUUUCGGUUCUUGUUCACCCUGUUGUUUGUAAAGAGGGGCAGGAUUGAUCUAGUACGUCAAUCCCUUGCCGUUCUACCAAAUCCCGUGCAAAUCCAAUCGCAAUCACAAACACGAGCAGCAACAGCGCGGUGAUGGAGUUUAGCGCUUUCUUCGCCCAGUCGACAUAGCGAGUCGACAUAAAGGGCAAAAGCCGUAGCCAAAACACUGGAGAAGGUGCUUUGCGCCUCG